UAACCCAAUCCAAAGCUGCAAAUACAGGAAACGAAAGCUACGCUCUCUGGAAAUUCGGGAAACAGAAGGCUGCAUUUCAUCUCCAACAACCCUUAAUAUUUUCCAGUAAUGCUGAAUCGUGGAACAAAGUUAAAAUCUUGGCAUGGACCUCAUAAAUACCCGGUUGUAGUGCCAGUUGUGUUUCUGGUAUCAGUCUCGUUAGCAUUGGUAUUGCUUUUCCAUAAAACUGACGAAAACACGACUCCGGUACACGGACUACGACCGGAAAAGAAAUGGAAUAGGUUUGAGUCUUUGGUGCAAUUUAAUCCGAAAAGGGAAUUCUGGAAUGGGACGGAUUUGAUAUGGCAAAUACCUGAUUCACCUAAGGCUGUUCUUUUUCUAGCUCAUGGAUGUAGUGGUAGAGCUGUUAAUUUUUGGGAUAGGUCUCCUAAUUGCCCUAAAUGUGUUGGUUUGCCGGAGGAAAGGCUGAUCGUGCUUCAUGCUCUUGCUCGGAAAUUUGCGGUCUUAACCAUAUCGAGUGCAGGGAGGUGCUGGACAUUUGGGGAGGAAAGGUUGAUUGUCAAAGAUAUUAUAACAUGGUGGGUUAAUAGACAGAAUCUUGAAAAGCUUCCUCUUGUGGCUUUGGGGGCCUCUUCUGGUGGCUAUUUUGUAUCUGCAAUCGCUAAUGAUUUGAAGUUUAGUAGUAUUACACUUAUGAUUGCUGAAGGGUUAUUUGAUCACAUGGACAUCAAAGAGGACUAUCCACCAACCCUUUUUGUGCACAUGCCAAAAGAUUUACAUAGGCAACAGAAAAUAACCGAAUUUAUGGAAGUUUUGAGAAAUAAAGGGGUUAAUGUUGCGGAAAUUGAAUGCACGGAGUUGCCUCUAUCACCAACUUUCUUAUCUGACAGAAUCCCAGGUCUUGAUCAGACUGUCUCUGCUAGAUUGUUCCAUUUAUUCAGGGAGAAAGGCUUUGUUGAUGAGAAUGGGUACAUGAAACAGGAUGGGCGUGCAACACGUUGGAAAGGUUAUCUCCAGGGUAGUAAGACUAAUUUUCUGGAAAAACAUUUGGUUCAUCCUGUUGAGGAGGAGCUAAAUCUUGCAUUUGCAUUUCAUGAAAUGUCAAGUUUGCAAUCGGAAGAGAUUUUUAAAUGGUUUGAAUCUCAUAUGGACUGAGCAAUACACAAUUGCGCCACAUGCUCCUCCCUGUCCGACCAGAAAGUACCGACAGUGAAAAGUGAUCCGUACAUACAACUCCUAGUAACAAUCCCUCAACUUGAGCUGGAUUAAAUUGUUUAAUGUUUGAAGUUUUCCUUUGAACAACUAAGAACUAGGAUGUAAAGCUACUACCUUGACUGAAACCAACAGCAGCAUCCACUAUGUC